CGGUUCCACUCUGCAUCCAGCUGCUGCAGGAAGACAUUUAGUGAUCUGUAAAGCAUUAAACAGAUUGCUGUAUGUUGGUUGUGUGUGUAUGCCGGAAGAAGGCCGUCCGGUUAGGGAGAACCUGUUGAAAAUAAUCACUUCAAGGAACCUUUCACAGAGGGGCAGCAGGACAUCCAGCAAGACACCAACUGAGAUGGGGGGCAGUGGAGAGGAGAAGGAGAGUGUGCAGGGGAGGUUUCACAGGAGACUGUCUCGUCUGGGAAGCAGAGGCUCUAUUAGAGAGCCACCCAGACCUCCACCCCAACCUGUCCAACCCUCAGCCACAUCUCCGCCCCUAGCCCCGGCCCCAGCUCCAGCCCCGGCCACAGUUGACAGUCCCACUCCCCCAGCAGCGAAACCUCCAACCCCUACAGCCCCAGCCCCUAAACCCUUGGAGCUUCCCCCGAAACCCACUGAUAUAAGCCUGAAGCCAAGCCUCCCUCCAAGGCCUCUAACCAGGUGGUUCAGCAGCAAUGAGCAUGGCACCACAGUCCUACAGGGGUUUGAGUUGUUCCGUGGUGAUGAGACUCUGUGUGAUGUCAUCCUGGUGCCUGGGGACAGCAGUGACACCUUCCCCGUGCACAGAGUCAUUAUGGCCUCUGCCAGCAACUACUUCAAAGCCAUGUUCACUGGGGGUAUGAGAGAACAGGAUAUGAGGGAGAUUAAGCUCCAUGGGGUGAGUAAAACAGGUCUGAAGAACAUCAUAGAGUUCAUCUACACAUCCCGGCUGAGUCUGAGCAUGACCAACCUGCAGGACACUCUGGAGGCUGCCAACUUCCUCCAGGUCCUCCCCGUCCUCGGCUUCUGCAACAAGCUGCUCAGCACUGAGAUCACCAUUGAUAACUGUAUGGAGGUGGAGCGCAUCGCCGGGGACCUGCUCCUGGAGGAUGUACAGGCCCACAUUGGGAAGUUUGUAUGUCAGAACCUGUCAGCAUUACUACAGUCUGGCCACUACCUGCAGCUCUCUCAGCCCAGCCUGGCCAACGCCCUGGCCAGCGACAGCCUCAAGGGCUUCUCUGAGAUGGAGCUGUACCGCAUCGCCCGCUCCUGGCUGGACCAUGACCCCCCCACCCGCCGCUCCGCCGCCUACUCCCUGAUGAGCCAGGUCCGCUUCCCCCUCAUGACCCCCACUGAGCUGCUCGAGAUCUCCCAGGAGGAUGAGGGGCACGAUGAUGGCGGAGCGGCCAUGAUGCGCUCGGACACGGCCUGCGUCAACCUCCUGCUAGAGGCCAGCAACUACCAGAUGAUGCCCUUCCUCCAGCCUUCCUUACAGACGGAGCGCACACGCAUCCGGUCGGACGCCAAACACCUGCUGGCGCUGGGCGGGGUGAUGAAGCAGCAGCUGGUGGUGAGCAGAGAGCUGAGACUGUAUGAUGAGGAGAUCGGCCAUUGGAGGGCGCUGAGGCCUAUGGAGGUUCCCCGCUACCAGCACGGCGUUGCCCUGCUCGGGGGCUUUCUCUACAUCGUAGGCGGCCAGAGCACCUACGACACCAAGGGCAAGACGGCGGUGGACAGCGCCUACCUCUACGACCCGCGCUUCGACCGGUGGUUGCAGGUGGCCUCGCUCAAUGAUAAGAGAACCUUCUUCCACCUGAGCACCCUGAAAGGGAAGCUGUAUGCUGUUGGGGGCCGGAACGCCUCAGGAGAGAUUGACACCAUGGAGUGCUACAACCUUAGAAAGAAUGAGUGGACAUUCGUGUCUCCCAUGGUCGACCCCCACUACGGGCAUGCUGGGACAGUCCAUGGUGACCUGAUGUAUGUCUCAGGCGGAAUCACAGGGGACACAUUCCAGAAGGAGCUGUUGUGUUAUGACCCUGAGACUGACGCAUGGAGUCGCCGUGCCGACAUGAUGGAACUGCGUGGCCUACACUGCAUGUGCACAGUGGGCGAUCGGCUCUAUGUGAUGGGAGGGAACCACUUCCGGGGCAGCAGCGACUAUGAUGACGUACUUAACUGUGAAUUCUACAGCCCUGAGGUGGACCAGUGGACGGUGGUGGCGGCCAUGCCACGUGGCCAGAGUGAUGUAGGGGUGGCCGUGCUCCAGGGCCAGAUCUACGUGGUUGGGGGCUACUCCUGGAACAGCCGCUGCAUGGUGGACAUCGUGCAGCGCUACGACCCAGAGAAGGACGAGUGGGACCGGGUGUUCAAUGUGCUGGAACCCCUGGGCGGCAUCCGGGCCUGCACCAUGACUGUGCAUCUGCCUGAGGGUGCCGUGGACGACGGCCAGAUGCAGGAGUGCCCGCUGGACACUGCCAAGAACUGAAAGCUGAGAUCAAGAACAUAUAGAUUUAGCUUCUCUGUGUUUGAGAUGCUGGAAAGUGUGACUUUUUUGUGGGAGAAGUGGAAAAUGUGCAGUAGAAUUUCUCGAAUAGGUCCCACAAGUGGUUGGAACCGGUUCAGGAAACACAACAGAAAACCGGAAAAUAACAAAACAUUUCAAAGAACAGAAUUGGAACCGGGAAUGAAAGUGAUCCAUACAGUUCCAGAACUGAACCGUUAUUUUUAAAUGCAUGGCAACCGGUUAAUAACGUUAUUUUACUUUCCUGGCAUUUUUUUUUUGUCCCACAAAAAAAUGCAACAAAGUAUCUAUGGAAAGCCCUCACUCUGUCAAGAAGAAACAUAUUCCAGUGUUUGCCUGCAAGAUAAAUCUUAGCCUAAACACUCAAAAACACUCCCCCCUCUGACGUUACAAGCGUGAUUCAGAAGACAGGGAGAGAUUUUUUUAUAUAUAUUUUUAAUUAGAGAAGAAUGGAUUAUCUUGUUCAAUGCUAGUUAAGGAUACUAUAAACCCAGUUAUCAAGUUUCAUGUUGGAUUUAUUAACUACAAAAAGGUAAGAUGUUUUUUAUUCUGGUGCCGCUCUGCGCACACGGGUUUGUUAUCUAACUAGCUCAAGCUAGCUCAAAGGACAGUCAGUUUCUCCAUACAAGACGCUACUCAUAGGUAUAAUUCUGUGGACCUAAUUCAGAUAAUGCAUGUCAUAACAAGAUGCCCAGAUCUUCAAGCCUCCUCCUCAACCCUCUCUCCCCACCCGUAAAAUAUCAGUUGCAUCUUCCGUUAUAGACUACAUUUCUGUCCAUCACGCAUGUAAACAACUAGUUUGCCUGUUCUAUCCACACUCAUUGGUGAAGUCAUUUAAUGAGCUAAAUGUAAAAAAAAAGUUGAUUUCACAGGUUAAAAAAGAAACAGGGGCACUGCAUUGCAGUGCUAGCUGUGCCAGCAGAGACUCUGGGUUCGAGCCCAGGCUCUGUCGCAGCCAGCCACGACCUGGAGGUCCAUGGGGCGAUACACGAUUGGCCUAGCGUCGUCCGGGCUAGGGAGGGUUUGGCCAGUAGGGAUAUCCUUGUCCCAUCGCGCACUAGAAACUCCUGUGGCGGGCCGUGCACAGUGCACGCUAGCCAGGUCGCCAGGUGCACAGUGUUUCCUCCGACACAUUGGUGCGGCUGGCUUCCGGGUUGGAUGCGCGCUGUGUUAAGAAGCAGUGCGGCUUGGUUGGGGUUGUGUUUUGGAGGAUGCAUGGCUUUCGACCUUCGUCUCUCCCGAGCUCGUACGGGAGUUGUAGCGAUGAGACAAGAUCUUAACUACUAACAAUUGUAUACCACGAAAAUUGGAGAGAAAAGGGGGUAAAAUUCAAAUAAAAUAAAUAAAAACAGAAAGGAAUGAUUUAAACCAGUACUUUUUGAGGGGGGGGGAUUCAAACCAGUUCAGAACUUUAUUUUUCUGGUCAGAACAGUGGAACGGAACAACAACAAAGUGGUUCUCUUCAGAACAAUAUGAUUGGGAAAUGAUUUUGGUUCAAAUCCCUGGGUCUCAGCUAUGUAGUUGACUGAAUGUACAUGUAGUUGACUGAAUGUACAUGUAGUUGACUGACUGUUAGUUUCCACUCCUUGAGUCUAUUUUGUUGGAACUAUCGUUGUAUCUGAGUGACUUCUGCUAUGCUUUUUAAUGUAGAACACUUAUGUUUUUAACUUUUGGCAUUGUAUUUUCAAACUGUAAAUGAUAGCUUAAAUGAUGUUUGAUUGAUAAAAUAGUAUUUUGUAUUGUAUAUGAAUGACUAGUGUAUUUUAAGAAAUUAAAAUGCAUACUAUGAAUCA